UCGCACCAUUCCAUUUUAGUUGUUGUUGAACCAAAAAAGGGAAAUUAUGAUUUUUGGAUAGGCCUAGAUGUGGCCAUGGCAGUGUCUAAGGAUGGUUACCACGUCAGUUGUAAUUUUGUAGAGGUUAUGGUCAUGGGACGCUGGAUGAAAUUAAAUGCAUGAACCUGUCUAAGACCUACUGCUCACAUCUGAAGGAAAAAAGAUUGCAUAGCACUGCAUUAGCCUAAUGUAAUCCACAAUUUUCCAAGGUCCACAAUUUUCCAAGGUUGCCAUUGCCAAGCAAGCAGCGUCACGUUUUGGAGGAUACGUGACGUGGUACCAAUAGGGAGCACUCACAGCUAGGAAUCCGUCACAUCCAUCCCUCCCGUUCCAGUACAGCAGCCAGCAGCUGAUCGCAAAUACCGAGGAAGGCAAGAAGUGAUGCACUAAAUUGUACCCCCGUAGCACCGAUGAGAAGACGACGGCAGCCCACACACGUCUUUUUGCUGUCGUCUCACGUGUUUUCGCUCACGUAGAUUGGGAAGACGGUUCUUUACAAGGAUCUCAAAAAGGUGGACUGUAUUCUGGGGGAAUCGUGCUUCUUUUUACACCAGGAAUUCUGAAUGGAAGCCGAGGGAGCGGCUAGCCUGUCUGAGGUCGGAGAUGCCAGUCCGUUAUCCGGGGCCGCAGCAUCCGAUGACACGGAAACGGUCAUCGGUGUCGGUUUUGGGAUGGAGGCCUGCGAGAUAGGGGGCUCUGGGAGGACCUUCAUUUCAGAGUUGGCAGCGUCGUCGGGGAUGCCCGUCUAUGCCCAGGGGAAGAAGAUCGGCCACAGGGGGGUGGAUGCUUCUGGGGAGACCACCUACAAGAAGACCACCUCGUCUGCGUUGAAGGGGGCCAUCCAGCUGGGGAUUGGCUACACGGUGGGCAACUUGAGCUCCAAGCCCGAGCGAGAUGUGCUUAUGCAGGACUUCUACGUGGUGGAGAGCAUCUUCUUCCCCAGUGAAGGCAGCAAUCUGACGCCGGCUCACCACUUCCCAGACUUCCGCUUCAAGACGUACGCGCCCGUGGCGUUCCGCUACUUCAGAGAGCUGUUCGGCAUCAGACCAGAUGACUACUUGUACUCGCUGUGUAACGAGCCCCUGAUCGAGCUGUCCAACCCGGGCGCCAGCGGCUCCGUAUUCUACGUAACUAAGGACGACGAGUUCAUCAUCAAGACCGUCAUGCACAAAGAGGCGGAGUUUCUGCAGAAGCUGUUGCCAGGCUACUACAUGAACCUGAACCAGAACCCCAGGACCCUGCUGCCCAAGUUCUUCGGCCUGUACUGCGUGCAGUCGGGUGGCAAGAACAUCCGCGUGGUGGUGAUGAACAACAUCCUGCCGCGCGCAGUCAGCAUGCACCUCAAGUACGACCUGAAGGGCUCCACGUACAAGCGGCGCGCCUCCAAGAAGGAGCGCGAGAAGAACCGGCCCACCUUCAAGGACCUGGACUUCAUGCAGGACCUGCAGGACGGCCUGCUGCUGGACACCGACACCUACAGUGCCCUGACCAAGACCCUGCAGAGAGACUGCCUGGUGUUGGAGAGCUUCAAGAUCAUGGACUACUCCUUGCUGCUGGGGGUCCACAACCUGGACCAGGCCAAGCGGGAGCAGGGGGGGUCGGAGGGCUCCUCGGGGGCGGGGCAAGGCAGCAGCGACGAGAAGAGGCCCCUCCCACAGAAGGCCCUCUACUCCACCGCCAUGGAGUCCAUCCAGGGAGCCGCGGCCUGCGGGGAGGCCAUCGACACCGAGGACACGAUGGGUGGCAUUCCGGCUGUGAAUGGGAAAGGGGAACGCUUGCUGCUCUACAUCGGCAUCAUCGACAUCCUGCAGUCCUACAGGCUUAUCAAGAAAUUGGAGCACACGUGGAAGGCUCUUGUUCACGAUGGGGACACCGUGUCUGUGCACCGGCCUGGUUUCUAUGCUGAUCGCUUCCUGAAGUUUAUGAGUACCACCGUCUUCAGAAAGACCUCCUCUCUCAAGUGUUCGCCCUCCAAGAGGGGCCGCGUCUCCUUGACGACCACGACGCUGCCCAAGUACCAGGGUCCCGGCGCGGCCUGGUCGGCCAGCCAGCUGCCCUCGGACAAGGAGGACAACAUCUACGACCUACGAGGUGCCCGCAGUUUCCCCACAAUGGAAGACGAAGGCCGACCAGACCUGCUGCCCUGCACUCCUCCGUCGUUUGAGGAGGCCACCACGGCGUCCAUCGCCACCACCCUCUCCUCCACCACCUCCCUCUCCAUCCCCGAGCGAUCGCCCUCCGACACUUCAGAGCACCCCCGCUACAGGAGACACACCCAGUCCCUGAGCCACGAGGGCAGGGCCCAGGAGGAAGAGCAACAGACUAUCACGGUGGAGGUGGAGGUGAAGAGACACGACAGCGAACCCACCAUCAGCGCCCCAGCACCCUCCCCCGAGACCAGUGAGGUGUCGGGGGCCACCGCUGCUCCCGCUGCUGUUGCUGCUGUUGCUCCCGAUGCCGCUGAUACUGAUGGUGCUGCUGCUGCUACCGCCGCCACCUCCUCUGCCGCCGCCGCCGCCGCUGCCCCUGCCCCUGCGCAUGCCACCUCUGCCACCUCUGUCCCCGGCAGCCCCAAGGUGGUGGUGGUGGAGGCCGACCAGACCAGCCAGACCUCAGGCUGCCCCAGCAGGACCUCCAUAGACGAAGAGGAAGACGUGCCAAUCACAGACAUCUAUUUUCACCCUAUGGAGGAGCAGACCUGGGUGUACUCCCCGCUGCACUUUGGUGGCGAGCCUAAGAGCCUGGCCGAUGGGGAGGGGCCCGGAGCCGGGCCGGGUCCGGGUCCGGGGGGCCCGGGGGAGAGCCAGACCUAGUGAGAUAGCUGAUGACUACUGGACCCUCAGAGCAGGAUCCUUCCUUCUCCCCAGCGAGCGUCUACUUAGAGGAGUCACCUGUGAGUACUGUACAGACCCGCCUGCUAAAGGACACAAAGACAAAUGAAUCCCACACUCCUGUCAGCCCCGCGUGUACACGUGCGUUCGGUCCAGUUGUUCUACUCCGGAGUCGAGAGUCGAGUGCUUACCGUACCUUCAAAUCUGCGAGGGCCGUGUUUGUCAACAACAACAACAACAACGCCCUCCUGACCGUUUCUGUUUAUACUGUAUGUACGUAUGUAUGUAUGUAUGUAUUUCUACGUCUCUGUGUAAUCUCUUCCUGACACUCCACAUAUCGGUUGUUUUUUUAUUUAUUUUUGAGUGAUUAUCAUGGUUAGAUGACUUGAGGCUUUUUGUUUUUCUUUUUGUAAGACUUUGUUUUUCUUCAUUUGUGCACUUUUCAUGUAUUACUGUGAAGAUGAUGUGCGUUUGACUUUACUCUAAAGAAAAGCUAAAAUCAAAGCUGAA